AUGAAAUUAGCCAUCGUACUCACCUUUGCCGCUGUCGCUGUUGCACAGCACGGCGGCGAACACGGCCACGAACAUGACUACUAUUCACCACCGCAUUACAGCUAUGAAUACAAAGUAGAAGAUAAGCACACAGGCGACUUCAAAAGUGCACAUGAGACGAGGGAAGGCGACAAGGUCAAAGGUUACUACAUGCUCAAAGAACCUGACGGCACAGUCAGAGAAGUACACUACACGGCUGACAAACACAACGGGUUCAACGCUGAAGUAAAAAGGGUCGGGCACGCCGUUCACCACUAUCCACUCCAUCACUAUUAAAUUAACUUAACAAAAUCCAAUAAAAGUUGAUAAACCA